UAAAGCCACAGUACACAGUCAGUUUGGUUUGGGUCAGGGCCACCUCACUGACUGGAAGCCAACAAGAAGAAAAAGACGAAGACGAAGAAGAAGAAAAGAAGAAGAAAAGAAGAAGAAGAAGAAGAAGAAGAGACCCAGCCCCUCUGUAAACCAGCACAGAGAGGCGUCCGGGUUUCCACCCCUUUGCCGAUUAAUUUGAUAGCAGGAUAGCGACGGACUAAAUCGGGAAUGGCUCCUCUCCCUUUUCCACACAAGUUAUAAAAUGCUAUAUCAGUGCGGGUUAUUAAUGUUACAGUUUAACGCAGGUUUGUUUUCCACCUCCACGGUCUACGGUUACUUCCUGGUGCCACAGAGAGAGGCAGUGCUGAGUUAAAGAGACAGAAAUACUGAUAGAAAUUCAGAUAGAAAAAAAUACUGAGAGAAGAGAGGGGUUGGAGACGCGAUAGGAACAGUUGACUGGAUUCCCAGAAAUUGAAAACCCUCUCUCUCUCUUCCUAUUUAUAUGUAUUUUUGAUAUUUCUUUGUUAAACCGAGUCGUUAUUCUUCGUUGGUUUGGAAACUAACACACGGUUUGGAUGACGGCUGGCUGCGGCUAAAGCGGAAUUGUAACGGGGGAACAUAUUCCUCCCUCCGACGGAGAAGCCUCGCAGAGAUUGUUCCUUUUUAUUUUACAGUGGACUCAUUACUGUGUUAUUUUUUUAAACCACAAAAAUCCCGGGUGUUAUUUUAUAUAUUUUUUACGAUUCCACAAGGAAGGGUUAGGGCGACGGAAGAUGGGUUGUUUGGGCAACAGCAAGACUGAAGAUCAACGCAUCGACGAAAAGGCACAACGAGAGGCUAAUAAAAAGAUAGAAAAACAGUUACAAAAGGAAAGACAAGCGUAUAAAGCCACACACCGACUCUUAUUACUGGGUGCGGGAGAGUCCGGAAAAAGCACCAUUGUGAAGCAGAUGAGGAUUCUACACGUCAACGGCUUCAACGCAGAAGAAAAGAAACAGAAAAUCCAAGAUAUUCGGAAAAACGUGAAGGAUGCCAUAGUGACUAUAGUGUCUGCGAUGAGCACUUUAAUACCCCCAGUUCCGCUAGCCAACCCAGAGGACCAAUUCAGAAUCGAUUACAUCAAAAGCAUAGCACCUCUCUCCGACUUUGACUACUCACAGGAGUUCUUUGAUCAUGCAAAGAAGCUGUGGGACGACGAAGGAGUGAAGGCAUGCUUUGAGAGGUCCAAUGAGUACCAGCUCAUCGACUGUGCACAAUAUUUCCUGGACAGAAUUGACUCUGUAAGACAGAACGACUACACACCAACGGACCAGGACCUGCUACGCUGCCGAGUGUUAACUUCAGGGAUUUUUGAGACGAGGUUCCAAGUAGACAAAGUGAACUUUCACAUGUUUGAUGUUGGAGGCCAGAGAGAUGAAAGGAGAAAAUGGAUCCAGUGCUUUAACGACGUCACUGCUAUCAUCUUCGUGGUGGCCAGCAGCAGCUACAACAUGGUAAUAAGGGAAGACAAUAACACCAACAGGCUACGGGAAGCCCUGGACCUCUUCCGCAGUAUUUGGAACAACAGAUGGUUACGCACUAUAUCGGUCAUAUUAUUCCUGAACAAGCAGGACAUGCUGGCUGAGAAAGUAUUAGCUGGAAAAUCCAAAAUUGAAGACUACUUCCCCGAAUAUGCUCGCUACACCAUACCAAAUGAAGCAACUCCUGAACCUGGUGAAGACCCAAGAGUGACGAGAGCUAAGUUCUUCAUCCGAGACGAGUUUCUUCGGAUCAGCACUGCGAGUGGCGACGGCAGACAUUACUGCUACCCCCACUUCACCUGCGCCGUGGACACAGAGAACAUCCGGCGGGUGUUCAACGACUGCCGGGACAUCAUCCAGAGAAUGCACCUGCGGCAGUACGAACUCUUGUGAUGGGAGACCGCCUACGUCAGCCUUCUGUGUUUUUCUCCACCAUUCUGCAUCCUUGACGAACCCCUCCUCCUCCUCCACCACCACCCUUUCUCCUCACCCUUCCUCCCCCAGAGAAACCCUCAACAACCCCCUGACCACCCCUCCUGUCAAGGACUAUGAAGUACUACUGAAGUGUGUCAAAAUCCUCUUCCUCUUAUUAACUUCUUAGCUUUUUGUACUUUUUUUUUUUUUUUUUUUUUUUUUCCUCUCUCUCUCCUGAGACCGAUUCAUCCCCAUUUCACCGAUGUGAAAGGAAGGUUGGGGAACAACGUUGUUGCGUGCCGCUUCAUGUUUUCUUUUUCUUUUAAUCCUUCCUUUUGAAUGCCUUGAUUUUUGUCAUUCCACUAAGCCUUGGGCUACCUCCUUUUCCUUUCUUUUUUUUUUUUUCCCUCCCCUUUGUGUCCUUCCGUUUUUUGGCUUUGUCAUUGGACCUGGACUGGUGGGUGUGGAUACAUAAAAACACACCUACAGGACCUCAGUGUAGAGGCAGUGUGUGUGCGUGUUAACGUGUGUGUGUGUGUAAUGAGAAGGAGGAAUGCCAUGUGAGCGAGCGAGCGCAUGUGUGUGGUUAUGUUUGUGUGUCACCUGCCAGUUAAAGCUGGCAUCACCACCAUGACCUUUGCCCCCCUUUUAUUGCCCCGUCACCCCCUCUGACCUGCUUCUUCUCUCCGCGUGGAAGACAACUGGACGACACCGGAGAGGAACGGGAGUGGACGGAGGGGAACCGAGUGGAUGAAGAGAUAAAUGCACUUUGCAUCAGGUUCCUUAAUAACUUUUUUUUUUUUUUUUUUUUUUUUGUUGUUGUUGUUGUUGUUUUUUCUCCAGAGGAAGCAUACACACAAUGUAGCAUCACAAUAUUUAUUACCCUGUCACGAUGUUAGCUUGCCAAGCUGCAGGGUGCACCAAGCAGCCGAGAGACAUGUGGAGCGAAAGAUUAAAGUGGGAGGGGGGGGGGGCAGGAAAUACGACACGAAGAAGGAUUUAAAUGAAGGAAAAGGGACUGAGCUCUCUGCACCUUAGCCCUGCUGCCUCCACGGACUCGGACCUGCCUCCUUUUUCCACACAAACCACCCUUUUAGCUUAGAGAUACUGAUGGGAGGGGAGGGUGGGGGGGACGGGUGGAGGGACGGGAGAGAAAUAUGUAUUCUCUUUUUUUUUUUUUUUUUUGUUAACUUGUACACUGUGCAAGGUUGAAUUAUCCUGUACAGACUGUAAAAUGUAAUAUUAUUUUGUACAACUUAAUUGAAAGAAAAACAAAUCUACUUGUAGAUCUUUGUGCCUUGAUUAUGGCUGUACCUGUAAAUGAGCUCAGAUGUAAGUAUGUUUUCGACUGCGCUGUACAGCUUGAUGUCAAUCUCUAUCAGCAGCGGAAGACUGCGGGUAGGGGACUUUCUCUGUAGAGUUUAGUUUUUUCUGGUUUAUAAAAAAAAAAAAGGAAAUGCUGUUUAGUAAAAAAUAAAAAAUAGGGAAAAAAUCCUAAAAACCUGUAUACAUUAUGCAAAUUAACCACUUACCUGCAGUGAAGACCAGAUGUUGCAGCGCCAUGCCUUUUUUUUUUUUUCUUUUUCUUUCUUUUGUUGGUUUUAUUUUUCCUCCUUUUUAUUUGUAUUUCUUUUGAAUUUCACAGCUUUAAACAAACAUUGGAAAUCCAUUGAAAGUGUCCAAAUUGCAACCUGGUGUUGUUUUAAUAGGAACCAACGUUUUUCGAUAUGGAGUGUGUCUGAGAUCUGUACUGAUGUGCGUGCCUGUGCGCAUGUGUACAUAAAACAAACACAGACACACAGACGCAUUGUGUGUGUGUGUGUCUGAGGGCGUGUGUGUGUGUGAGAGAGGGUGAGUGUGUAAGGGCAAAUGUGCGUUGUGUGUAAACUUUUAUAAAUGUAUGUACAUGUAAAUUUAUAGGUCUAUAUAAAUAUAUAUGUACAAUUAUACAUGUUUAAUUAUGUGUGUGCCUAGGUGUACAUACCUAUGUAUGUAUACGGUAAAUAUGUAUACAUACACACAUAGGAAAGCAUGUUUAGAAUGGAGAUGAAUAAAUGAGAGCGUGCAAUAUUAGUAAUUCUUUGGUCCUUUGGAGCCAUACCUAAUGGCACAGGCACUAUGAAUGUGUGAGCAGCACCCAACAAGACAAGCUCUUCUCCUUGUACAAACAGCAUCAGCCUUUUCUUCUGCUACAGUACACGUCUAUCCCCAAAAGAGAGUGAACUGACUGGAGGUGCAAAAACCUUGUUUGGCCUGGGAGGAUGACUAAAUGACAUUUUUAUUUUCUUUAAAUAAAGAGGCACAUUAGAGGACUUUGCUUUA